AUGGGGUUCAAUGACAAAUGGAGAAGCUGGAUCAUGGAGUGCAUUUCUACUGCUUAUUACUCCUUCCUGGUUAAUAGGGAAGUCAAGGAGUAUGUGGUGCCACAAAGGGGCAUUAGGCAGGAUGAUCCACUGUCACCUUACUUAUUUCUCCUAUGCUCGGAAGGCUUUUCCAAUCUCCUCCAAAAGGCUGUGACUGAGAAAAAAAUUGAAGGCAUGAGAAUCAGCAGGCAGGGACCAAGACUAUCCCAUUUAUUUUUUGCAGAUGACUCUUUGAUAUUUUGUAAAGCUGAUUCCCAGAAUGCAACAGAGCUCAAAAGGUUACUUAACAUAUAUGAAAGAGGAACAGGCCAGCUGAUUAACCUGGAAAAAUCCUCAGUCAUAUUCAGCAACAAUAUGCAUAUUCAACAGAGACUUAAAACUUGGAAAAAUAAACUUUUGAGUGCAGCAGGUAAGGAGAUUAUGCUCAAGUAUGUGGCAUUGGCACUGCCAACAUACACAAUGUCUUGCUUCAAGCUACUUAAAAAAUUGUGCAAGGAGAUUAACUCCACAAUGGACAACUAUUGGUGGGGUAAGGAGAAUGGGAAGAACAAGAUGCACUGGAAAGCUUGGAACAAGAUGUCACGGAACAAGAAGGCAGGUGGCUUGGGCUUCAAGGAUUUGGAGGCUUUCAAUCUAGCCUUAUUGGGAAAGCAGAUUUGGAGGCUGCUCACUCAACCAAAUUUGCUGGUCAGUAGAGUGCUAAAGUCCAGAUAUCACCCAAAGCAAUCUAUAUUCAAGAGUAAAGUUGCUGGGAAUGCUUCAUGGAUUUGGAAAGGACUGAUGCGAGCUAGGCUGAUGGUUGAAGAAGGGACUCGAAAAAGGAUUGGUAAUGGCAUGAGUACUAACAUUUGGGAGGACAACUGGAUUCCUAUGACACCAAUUGGAAGAGUGACAACACAGCAGCCACAAGGAGUUAAUUUGGUUAAGGUGACAGACUUGAUCGUCCAGAAAAGAUGGAACAAGAACCUUCUCUUUAGGAAUUUCACCCCCAUGGAGGUAGAAGGAAUACUAAGCAUCCCCGUAAGUUUAGUAGACAGAGAGGACAGCAACUUCUGGAUUCAUAAUUCAAAUGGGCAUUAUUCAGUGCCAUCAGCCUACAGGGUACAAACUGAAGGGCUGAAGGCUUACGAGCAGGAGUUUAGGGGGCUAGCUAGUACUAGCUGGAGUAUCCAAGAGUGUGUGAAGAAGACUGCGAAACAGUUGAACAUGCGUUACUUAACUGUAAUCAUGUUAAACUGGUGUGGAGAAUGGCGCCUAUCCAGUGGGAGGGAAUUACAAAUCUGCAAGAGCAGAAACGCGAAGGAAUUUGAAGGUAAGCAGCAUCCCCCACUACGAAUAGUGCUGAAAGCUCAGGAGGAAUGGUUGGAAUAUGGUGAAGCUACGGUCAUAGCUUUAAAGAUGAGUACAGAAGAAACAGGAGAUCAGCCGCAACACCCCAACAACAAGAAGAAAUAG